GUUCUGAGCCGCAUCAGGAUCACGAUGGGCAGCUAGCUGAUGGUCUGCGUCUCUACAGAAAAAAAAAAAAAAAGAACAGCAGCCCGGUGACAGACUCACUGAGAUCCUAGAUGCUGAACACCUGGGAAAAUAAGGGACAGGGUGAAAGGAUGGACAACAUCUUCAUGAUGGACGGCAGCAGGAGCCCCGUGUUCCUCACGGCCUCGUCCUCCAACCACCUCCAGACCUGUUUCCUGUCCAACAGCAUGAAGAAUGGAGUAGGAGAUGGAGGAACCUGUCUCUCUGCCCAGCCAGUAAAGCCUACAGUGGCAAUCUUGGGCUCAGGUGACUUCUCCAAGUGUCUGACCAAACGUCUGCUGCACUGUGGCUUCCACGUUGUGGUGGGCAGCCGUCAUCCAAAAGUAGCAGCCCAGUCAUUUCCCCAUGUGGUGGACGUGACACACCAUGAAGAUGCUGUGGGAAAAGCAAACAUCGUGUUCCUGGCAAUCCGCCGUGAGCACUACUCUGUCCUCUGGGACCUCAAGCAUUUACUGGAAGGCAAGAUUAUUGUGGAUGUGAGUAACAACAGGAGAUUGAACCAGUAUCCAGAGUCUAACGCUGAAUACUUGGCUUCAUUAUUGCCAGACUCCAUUGUGGUCAAAGGCUUCAAUGUCAUUUCAGCCUGGUCUAUGCAGCAGAGCUGCCUCAGAGAUGCUAACACACAGGUCUUUAUCUGCAGUGACUCAUUGAAGGCUAGACAACAAAUUAUGGAACUAGCACGCCAGCUCUACUUCCAGCCGGUUGAUAUGGGCACCCUGUCUUCAUCGAGGGACAUUGAGGCCAUGCCGAUACAGUUGUUUCCUAGCUGGAGGGGCCCUGUCCUGGCUGCUGUGGCCCUAUCUAUCUUCUUUUUUGCCUACUCUUUUGUACGAGAUAUCAUCCAUCCUUAUGUGAAAUACAAGCAGAGUGACUUCUAUAAGAUCCCCAUAGAGAUGGUGAACCGAACACUUCCCACGGUGGCCAUUACUCUCUUGGCCCUCGUGUACCUGGCAGGCCAGCUGGCAGCCGCCCACCAGCUUUACUAUGGUACAAAGUACAGGCAUUUUCCACACUGGCUAGAAGGAUGGCUGCAAAGCCGGAAACAGCUGGGCCUCCUCAGCUUCUUCCUUGCUGCUGUCCAUGUUCUCUACAGUGUGUGUCUGCCCAUGAGGAGGUCUGAGAGGUACCUGCUGCUAAACACUGCCUACCAGCAGGUUCACGCUAAUUUGGAAAAUUCUUGGAACGAGGAGGAGGUGUGGAGGGUAGAGAUGUACGUUUCCUUUGGGAUUAUGAGUCUCGGGCUCCUGUCACUUCUGGCCAUCACCUCUAUUCCCUCUGUCAACAGCGCGCUCAACUGGAGGGAGUUUAGCUUCAUACAGUCCACUCUUGGCUACAUAGCUCUACUUAUUGCCACUUUCCACGGCCUGCUGUUUGGCUGGAAGCGAGCCUUCGAGGAGGAGGCGUACCGCUUCUACCUGCCGCCCUGCUUCGUGGUGUCACUGGCCCUGCCCGUGUGUGUCAUACUUGGGAAGGUGCUGAUGCUGCUACCCUGUGUUGCCCGCAAGCUCCACCAGAUCCGCAGAGGCCUGGACAGCAGUCAUGUCCGGUGCAAGCGCCUGGAACCGGUGGGCUCAGCUGCCCAGAUCUCACCUGAGAGGGUGACCAUCAUGUAAUCUUUGUAGCACAAAGCUGUCUGCUCCAGUAUCGGGAUUCCAUGUAUACUGCCAUAGUUUGUUUGGUUGCAAAUAAACAUAAUUUAUGAAUACGGUACUUGUUGAAGGGCAUAUUCCUCUUUGUUACUGUGGACUGUUUUUUUUUUUUUCUGACCUGUGAAUUGUGAAUACUCGUUUGAAUACUUGUGUACUUGUGCUCUGAUAAUGUGAAGAGUUUUGUCACUAUUUCUCUGUCAUAGUAUAAAUCCAAAUGUGCUUUCCUUGACAGUAUAUUACCACUAGUCCAGUACGUUGUUACUGUGUAAAUGUGCUUUGUAAAUACUUUGUUCUUGAAGACAUUACAUUGACAUACUACUUUAAAGUGAAGUGUAUUUUGCUAGUCCUGCUCGGCCCGUGAAAACAUUUGAAUUGUGUCGUCUUUGUCUCUGGAGGAGUUUUGUCGAGUCUAGGGAAUAACCCUGAUGACGGCAUAGUAAUGUUAAGGAAGAGAA